UGUGCUGUGUCCCUCGGACACAGCGGAUCACCGAUCAACGGAAAGAGCCGAAGAUGUCGGCUCGGUCAUGUGAUCAGCUGUGUCCAAUCACAGCUGAUCACAUAGCACUGAUGAUCAGUGUGCCCUGAUGAUCUGUGUAGCCCCAGCAGUGCCCAUCAGCUGUCAGUGCUCAUCCAUGCCACCUGCCAGUGCCCAUCAGUGUCACAUUUCAGUACCUACAGUGCACAUCAAUGCCACAUUUCAGUGCCCAUCUGAGCUGCCUUUCAGUGCCAACUACCAGUGCCAGUCAGUGCCACCUAUCAAUGCCAGUCAGUGCUGCCAAUCAGUGUCACCUCAGUGCCAGUCAGUGCCGCCUAACAGUGCCAGUCAGUGCCGCCUAUCAGUGCCAUAUAUGAGUGCUGCCUUUCAGUGCACAUCAGUGAUGCCUGUCAAUGCCCAUCAG